AGGCGCAGUUUAGGGAAGUGCGUUCACAUGCUGGCGGCCGCCGAUCCUCCUCCUGGGGCUACCAUGGCUCAGCCGGCAACUCUGAACCUGAAUAACGAGGUUGUGAAGAUGAGAAAAGAAGUGAAGAGAAUCCGAGUGUUGGUUAUCCGAAAACUUGUCAGGAGUGUUGGCAGGCUGAAGUCAAAAAAGGGUAGCGAAGAUGCACUCUUGAAAAACCAAAGACGAGCACAGCGAUUGCUUGAAGAAAUCCAUGCCAUGAAAGAAUUGAAACCUGAUGUAGUAACUAAGUCUGCUCUUGGUGAUGAUAUAAACUUUGAAAAAGUCUGCAAAAAGCCAGAUUCUACUGCAACUGAAAGAGCGAUUGCCAGACUAGCAGUGCACCCUCUCCUGAAGAAAAAAAUCGAUGUGCUGAAAGCUGCUGUCCAGGCCUUUAAAGAUGCGAGACAAAAUGUUGCUAAAGUUGAAUCAUCAAAAAAUGCUUCUGAAGAAAAGCUUUCUCAGGAUGCUUUGUGUUCAAAAGAUGGUAUAAGUAAGUUACAGCAAGAAGGAACUAUUACCAGUGAACAAAAAGAAGAAGCCAAUUCCCUGGCAAAGAAACAAGGAAGUAAUUCAACAGAAAAAAUAGCCGAGAUGAAACGUGGACCCAAAGCAGUGGACGUUCCCCACUCUCCAUCAAAGCCUCCAGAAAAGGAUUCUUCAGUUCCUCUUGAAUCCAAGAAGACACCUGCCAACCCAAAAACGACAGCGUUACGUCAAACCAAACAGAAGAAAGUGCCUGAAAGCCCGCCUGGUGACACCAGUGAUGGAGAAGAAUCACAGGAAGAGGAGAAGGAGUAUUUUGACGACAGCACAGAAGAAAGGUUUUACAAACAGUCUUCCCUGUCUGAGGACAGUGAGAGUGGUGAUGACUUCUUCAUUGGGAAAGUCAGACGCACACGGAAGAAGGAAAGUAGUAGCCAUGCUUCCGUGAAGGAGCUCAAACCUGUCCAUAAAGUGUUGCCCAGGGAGGAUACACAUGAAGCCCAUGGGGAGAUGAGAAAUGACAAGAACACGCCAAGUACAGAAGCCAGGAAGUUGGAGUCAGUGUUUUUCCACUCUUUAUCUGGAUCCAAAAGCUCUAGAAGCAGCUACAGAGAACAGGUUCCCAAAAGCAGAACCCCAGAUUUCCCACCAAGCGAACCCCAGAUCCAGAGUCAGUUCAAUAAGAGUGCACAGAAAGGACUGGGAAAUACAAAACAGUCACUGCAGCUGCCACUUCAUCCUUCCUGGGAAGCAAGCAGGAGGCGAAAAGAACAGCAGUCGAAAAUCGCUGUGUUUCAGGGGAAAAAAAUUACAUUUGAUGAUUGAUCAGUACCUCUUCUUGUGAACUUUCAAUCUAAAAUUCUUUUUUAACUAGCCUAUUUAAAUGAAUUUUUAAUGCCUCUUUGGAGGUAUAUAAGAUGUUUGUCUUUUUCUUUCUUGAACUAAAAUUAUGUUUCAUAAAUCAGGUAUACACUUAAAUUACCUUUAAUAACAUGCCCCAGACUGUUUCCUGUAUAAAAGAAUUUUGGGAUUAUA